CCCCAACACUAACAGACACUCUUGAUGUAUGUUGAAUGUUUUGGUGUAACAGUGAAUACAUCCAUGACUGUUCUAACAAAGCAGUACAUAUAAUAUGUCAUCUUUAUCUUCAUUUACAAUUAUCAGGAAGAUAGGGCAUUUAAAAUGGGUUGAUCAAGAAGAAGAAUAUACACUUCUUUUUUUUUUUUAUCUCUUAUUUAAUUUCAUUGUACACUCACUCAUGUAUACACACAUCCUUUGUGUGGCUAAUACAUUUACAUAACUUUGAGAAUCCUUGUAUACGUGUAUGAUCUGACACAUAUAUCAUACACAUACAAUAUUAGAUUGUAUAAAAUAGUACAGUAUAAUCUGUAUAAAUUGAGGUGAUUUUAAAAAUAAGUGUCUGGCCUAAUACUAUAUGCAGGACAGGAAGACACCUCAUUACCAUUUAAGCCUUUCUCCUGUAAAUAUUUCCAUUUAGCAAGUUUCUACAUUUUUAUUAACAUAGUCAUUCAAAACCUCAAUGCAAUUUUUUUAGUACAUUCUUUGGGGUACAAAUUGUCUUCUUGGCUUAGUGACAUAAUAAAUGCUAGCACUUCAUGCUAGGAAACUAUGGAGGACUAACUAGGUUAGUCUUACAUCUUCGUUAAUCACUGUUACAAUAUAUGCAACGUGAAAACUAACUUCACCCGUGAAAAUUUGCCAAGAAGUCACAAAAUCCCUGCGUGUAUUUAAAACAGCCAUUUAAAAAGAAGAUAAGCCUACUCACUGUUUUGCACAGCUCCCCUUUCUAAAUACACAUGCAUGAGGAUGUGUAUGACAGACGGCAGAGGAUGAGAAAACCAAGAGUCUGCACUAUGCCUACACUUAUCAUGGUAUCCAAAGUAUCAACAGAGCAUUCUGAAUGAAACACAAAAACUGUCAUAUUCUAAGCCAUAUUAAUUAUUCAGCAAGUGAAAGAAAUACAGUGCAUUUUGGAGCCUCUCUACACCCUUCUCGGAAGUCACAGGGAGCCCACAGGGAAAGUGCUCAAAGCCUGGAGUAUGGUGGCUGCUUAUCUGUCAAUGCUGAGGAUUACAAUAUUAUUAUUAGUAGUAGUAAUUCUAAUUUUGUCUUAUCUACCUAAAGGUUCCACAAACAAACCUCCCCCCCAGUUUAAAUUCCCAUUUAUGGCAUAACAUUUUCUAUAUCAGGAUCCGCAUCUGCGCAAGGCGUGUUUCAGAUUCUCACACAAUCUUGCCACCGAAUUGCAAUUACACCUCUCGCUCUUCGCUGCCUUCGCUUGCUCCCGAAAGACGAUAGUCACUUAUUCUGUUUACAUCGCAGUAUCUAUCCUUGGAAAGGACACGGCCAUGCACUUUUAGCCGAGCAGUACAAAACCCGGUCCAUGCCGCUCAGCAUCGGCCCCGGGAAGGUUGAGCGGGACAGAGGUGGAGGAGGCAGGGGCCGAGCGGGGGGCGCGGAGCGGGGACCGCAGCCGGGGCCGCCGCCUCUCGCCGCGGGGGCUGCGCGCCCCCAGCCCCGGCGCGGCCCGGGAGAGGAGCGCUCGCCCCGAGCCACCGUGCCCCGCGCACCCCGCUCCGCUCCGCGGCCUCAUUCGGGGAGCGUAAUACUGCUGGACUCUAAAGCACAACAGACAGAGUUGGAAUGGAUUUCCUCUCCUCCCAAUGGGUGGGAAGAAAUUAGUGGACUGGAUGAAAACUACACUCCUAUACGAACAUACCAGGUAUGCCAGGUGAUGGAAUCAAACCAAAACAACUGGCUUCGGACUAACUGGAUUGCAAAAAGCAAUGCACAAAGGAUUUUUGUAGAACUGAAAUUCACUCUGAGGGAUUGUAACAGUCUUCCUGGAGUUCUGGGGACUUGUAAAGAAACUUUUAACUUGUAUUAUUAUGAAACAGACUACGACACUGGCAGGAAUAUCCGAGAAAACCAAUAUGUAAAAAUAGACACUAUUGCAGCAGAUGAAAGCUUUACCCAGGGUGAUCUUGGGGAGAGAAAAAUGAAACUUAACACAGAGGUGAGAGAAAUUGGACCUUUGUCCAAAAAAGGAUUCUAUCUUGCAUUUCAGGAUGUAGGGGCCUGCAUUGCUUUGGUCUCUGUCAAGGUCUACUACAAGAAGUGCUGGUCCAUCAUUGAGAACUUAGCUAUUUUUCCUGACACAGUGACUGGCUCAGAGUUUUCCUCUUUAGUUGAAGUGCGAGGAACUUGUGUCAGCAGUGCGGAGGAGGAGGCAGAGAACUCGCCGAAGAUGCACUGUAGCGCGGAGGGAGAAUGGUUAGUGCCUAUUGGAAAAUGUAUCUGCAAAGCAGGAUACCAGCAGAAAGGAGACACGUGUGAACCUUGUGGCCGUGGGUUCUACAAAUCAUCCUCACAAGAUCUGCAGUGCUCCCGCUGCCCUACUCACAGCUUCUCUGACAAGGAAGGAUCUUCCAGAUGCGACUGUGAAGAUAGCUAUUAUAGAGCACCUUCUGAUCCACCAUAUGUCGCAUGCACAAGACCUCCAUCUGCACCACAGAACCUAAUUUUCAAUAUCAACCAGACUACCGUGAGUUUGGAGUGGAGUCCUCCUGCUGACAAUGGGGGCAGAAGCGAUGUGACCUACCGCAUUCUGUGCAAGAGGUGCAGCUGGGAGCAGGGCGAGUGUGUUCCCUGUGGGAGUAACAUUGGAUAUAUGCCCCAGCAAACUGGAUUAGUAGAUAACUAUGUCACUGUCAUGGACCUGCUAGCUCACGCUAACUACACGUUUGAAGUUGAAGCUGUGAAUGGAGUUUCUGACUUGAGCCGUUCCCAGAGGCUUUUUGCAGCUGUCAGUAUUACCACUGGCCAAGCAGCUCCCUCGCAAGUUAGUGGCGUAAUGAAAGAAAGAGUGCUGCAGAGGAGCGUGGAGCUUUCCUGGCAGGAACCAGAACAUCCCAAUGGAGUCAUUACUGAAUAUGAAAUCAAAUAUUAUGAGAAAGAUCAAAGGGAGAGGACCUACUCAACAGUGAAAACCAAGUCCACUUCAGCUUCUAUUAAUAACCUAAAGCCAGGAACAGUGUAUGUUUUCCAGAUUCGUGCUUUUACUGCUGCUGGUUAUGGCAAUUACAGCCCCAGACUGGAUGUUGCCACACUGGAAGAAGCCACAGCCACAGCUGUUUCCAGUGAACAGAAUCCUGUUAUUAUCAUAGCUGUGGUUGCUGUGGCAGGAACUAUCAUCCUGGUCUUCAUGGUGUUUGGAUUCAUCAUUGGACGAAGGCAUUGUGGCUAUAGCAAAGCGGAUCAAGAAGGGGAUGAAGAACUUUACUUUCAUUUUAAAUUUCCAGGCACCAAAACCUACAUUGACCCUGAAACCUACGAGGACCCAAAUAGAGCUGUCCAUCAAUUCGCCAAGGAGCUAGAUGCCUCUUGUAUUAAAAUUGAGCGUGUGAUUGGCGCAGGAGAGUUUGGUGAAGUGUGCAGUGGGCGUCUAAAGCUUCCUGGCAAGAGAGACGUUGCAGUAGCCAUAAAAACUCUGAAAGUUGGCUACACUGAAAAGCAGAGGAGAGAUUUUCUGUGUGAAGCAAGCAUCAUGGGACAGUUUGACCAUCCCAACGUGGUUCACCUAGAAGGAGUCGUUACCAGAGGGAAACCAGUUAUGAUUGUAAUAGAAUACAUGGAGAAUGGGGCCUUAGAUGCAUUUCUUAGGAAACAUGAUGGGCAAUUUACUGUCAUUCAGCUAGUGGGAAUGUUGAGAGGAAUUGCUGCUGGAAUGAGAUAUUUGGCCGAUAUGGGAUAUGUACACAGGGAUCUUGCAGCACGCAAUAUUCUUGUCAACAGCAACCUUGUUUGUAAAGUAUCAGACUUUGGCCUUUCCAGAGUUAUAGAAGAUGAUCCAGAGGCUGUCUACACUACAACCGGUGGAAAAAUUCCAGUGAGAUGGACAGCUCCAGAGGCCAUUCAGUACCGCAAAUUUACAUCAGCCAGUGAUGUGUGGAGUUACGGAAUAGUUAUGUGGGAAGUAAUGUCUUAUGGAGAACGGCCUUACUGGGACAUGUCAAAUCAAGAUGUUAUAAAAGCAAUCGAAGAAGGCUAUCGCUUGCCAGCACCCAUGGAUUGCCCAGCAGGACUGCACCAGCUGAUGCUGGAUUGUUGGCAGAAGGAACGCGGUGAAAGGCCAAAGUUUGAGCAGAUAGUUGGCAUUCUGGACAAAAUGAUUAGAAAUCCAAACAGCUUGAAAACCCCACUGGGAACCUGUAGCAGACCAAUUAGCCCUCUUCUGGACCAGAACACUCCCGAUUUUACCACUUUCUGCUCCGUAGGCGAAUGGUUACAAGCUAUUAAGAUGGAAAGAUAUAAGGAUAAUUUCACAGCAGCAGGCUACAACUCUCUUGAAUCAGUUGCCAGGAUGACUAUUGAGGAUGUGAUGAGUUUAGGGAUCACGUUGGUUGGUCAUCAAAAGAAAAUCAUGAGCAGCAUUCAGACUAUGAGAGCACAAAUGCUACAUUUACACGGCACUGGCAUCCAAGUGUGAUAGACAUUUCUCCCUUAUGAGGGAGGUGACAGACUGAGAGAACAGCACUGGCCUUCAGUAUAUAUGAAGUGCUGCUAGAAGACACUUGAUUUCCUGGGUCCUUCCUGCAGUGAAUAGAAGAGCUACAAGAAGCACCUACAGACUUGAACUCCUAAGUGCCACCAGAAUUUAUGAAAAGGGAAUUAGGAUCCACCAGUGGUGGCAAGGAAAACAGCAGUGACAAUAAACAAAGUACUACCUGAAUAAACAUACAAACACCUUGAGCUCUCUAACCUCCUUUUUAUCUAAUAGACUUUUUAAAUGUACAUAAAAAUUUAAAAAAGAAUAUAUUUGUCAGAUAAAAUCAUGAUAUUAUUGUUG